UUAUUCCUAAAUAACGAUAACGUUGGCGAGGAGUUGGUGUCGAAGGGAAAUCUCCCAAACACACUCAAAGUCCUCUCGAUCAACUAUGUAAGCAUUCGCAAUAUCGAGGUUGGAUCACUUCCCUCUUCCCUCACCAAGCUCGACAUGGGAUUCCAUCCCGAUUGUCGACUCAAACCUGGGCUUCUUCCAAAUGGUCUCCUUCAUCUUCACCUCUCCAAAGAUUUUGAUCACGAGUUGGAGCCUGGAUGUCUGCCCUCAUCAAUCACAAAUCUCUCCUUUGGAAAGAAUUUUAAUCAUAUAAUUGAACAUGGAGUGCUACCACCUUCAAUCACAAAGCUGGAGUUUGGUGAUAAUUUUAAUCAACCUCUCAUUGUUGGAGUCCUCCCCUCAACAAUAACAUCACUCAAGUUUGGAAGACUUUUCAUACAACCCGUCACACAGGACCUCUGGCCCCCAUCACUUCUUAAUCUUAUCAUUGGGUUCAACAUGUUUUACUUUCAUUUGGACAAAAUUCCCAAACCUCCACCAACUCUAAGGUACCUUGAUAUGCACAACACGUUUGAUCAAUGCAGAUUUAUGACAAGUUGUACUUCGAUCAAUGUACUAAGGAUGAACAUCAAGAUUAAUCCCAAAGUAGAGGAAGAUAUUAUUGGCAGUCUAGGCGUAUUGAUCGUUCCGCACAAUGUCCGUGAGCUUAUAUUCAAUAUCAACUCGUCACUGGAGUUUACAAAAGCAUAUAUUUGGAAAGUUCUAUCUGACAAUUCUAAGAUAACAAGCUUCCAAAUCGAAACUUUAUCAAGACGAUUUGAAGUGCGUAGUUUGGAUCAGUCGAGAGAGUUGGCCGUAUGUGUGUGCCAGAUUCAAGAUACCUGUGAUGACACCACCAGCAAGAUUAGAUUCUUCCGUCUCAACCUUUUCCUCAACUCCCACUCCGCGACUUCCAAAAAUUCGAUCCAUACUUCCCAGACCGCCCACUUUAUGAACCAGAUGAAUAUGAUGAUGUAUCAGAUGUAUCUGAUGAUCCAUAUGGAUCAUUUG